AAUUCCUCAUCCAUUUCACUUGUGAAUACCACUUCUAUGGUCAUACUUAGUGCGGUGAUAGCUUCUGUAGUUUCAGAAGCUGGUCUUUGUUCUGAACCAGCCUUUAAGUUCCCAUACUAUGACUUCCGCUCACCUGCUGAGCUUCCGCUAUAUCUAUUGCUGGGUGUCCUAUGUGGCUUGGUUUCGUUAACCUUAUCAAAGUGCACAUCAUACGUGUUGGUAUUUGUUGACAAUCUUCACAAGACAGUUGGCCUACCAAAUUUUUUUUUCCCUAUCGUGGGUGGCUUGGCUAUUGGGCUGAUGGCAUUGGCAUAUCCUGAAAUUCUUUAUCGGGGUUUCGAGAAUGUUCACAUUUUGCUGGAAUCUCGACCAUUUGAGAAAGGUCUCUCAGCUGAUCAGUUUCUUCAGUUGGUAGUGGUCAAGAUAGGUGCAACCUUAUUGUGUCGAGCCUCUGGAUUAGGUGGAGGCUACCAUGCUCCAUCACUUUUUACUGGUGCAGCAACAGGAAUGGCUACUGCUCAAAUAAAUUACCAACUUCACAGAUCGAUGGACAGUAAGUUUGAAUGACUUUGCUUGUGAUCAAGUCACCCUAAAUAAAUUUGA